UCCAUUGCCAUCGUCCAGUCCACUGUCCGAGCAAAAAGGCUGGCCAUAUGUAUACCUGCUCCGAACUGUGCGCAUCCACAUCACUAUGCUAUCACUUUCCAUUGCCCGAAUAUUGCCACGUGUCCAACACCCAGAAAGCCUAGGAAGAACGUUUUAUAAAUAACGGACAGUGUCUCAAACCCAACGUAGCUUAGUGUUUCUAUCAAAUCGAUCUUAUCAACCUUACCUUCCGUACCUUGCUUCCCAUUAAUGGAUUUGAUGUUUCUUGAUCUUGGCUGAUGAUGUUUUAAGUAUAUUCUUUGGUGGGAAUUCGGCAUUUUUCAACCGGAUCAAGGAGUUUGUGGUUCGAGGAUUGGAACAAUAAAGCCGAAUUCCCACCACAAGCAUUGAUUCAGUAUUUGUCGAGUUAGGAGGAAUCAUAAAUAACUUUUAACUAGGUAAUUAGAGAAGGGAUUAUGGAGCCUUUAUGUGAGUUUUGUGGGGUUGUCAGGGCAAUGGUAUACUGUAAAUCGGAUUUGGCUCGCCUUUGCUUGCAAUGUGAUGGAUGUGUACACUCUGCCAAUUCUUUGUCCCGUAGGCACCCGCGGUCACUCUUAUGUGACAAGUGCUAUUCCCAGCCUGCUAUUGUCCGAUGCAUGGAUGAUAAAAUGUCUCUUUGUCAAGGCUGUGACUUGAACGGCAAUGAGUGUUCAAGGCAGGGGCAUCGAUGCCAGCCAUUGAAUUGUUAUAUGGGUUGUCCUUCUUUGGCAGAGUUGUCAAGGAUUUGGUCUUCGAUUCUUGAUACACCUUCUUCAAUUGGUUUUGAUAGUAGUUGGGAGAACAUGAGAACACUGCCUAUAAAUGAGAAUUGCAUCAGCAACUGUUUGGAACAAAGAGAUGACGAGGGGUCAUUUCGGUUGGUGGCAAGCAAGCCGAAUGAACUAGAGCUUUGCUCUAAGUUUGAGCCUUGGAUGGAACUGUCUUCUGUGAUUCCACCAAAUCUAAGUUCCGGGCCAUACUGCAAAGACCAAGAUCAAGCACCUUUCUUCCCUGAAGAAUCUAAUUUGCCAAAGGAUACUUCCAAUUUCAAGGAUCUUGGAAUUCUUAGUAGUGAUGAUCUCUGUGAAGAUCUCAACGUAGAUGAUGUCUCAUUAGACUUAACAAGUGCUGAGAUAUUUGGUUGUCCUCAAGGUCCUACCAAAUACCAGUUUGGGGAUGGAGGAAUGGAAUGCCAAUCAAUGGAGAAAAACUUAUCUGUCACUGAAUCUAAUGGUCCUAUCGAGAGUGCUUUGGAGGCGUCAUCGUUAGGGCAACAAGAUUGUGUGGCUUUGCAAUCCUCUCACGUUGGUGGGUUAAACAGCAUGAUGCAGGCCAUGAAUGAUAGUGCAAAUUGCUUACUCAUGAAUCCUAGUUGCACCAGAAACAUCAAUUUGGGGUUUCCUAUUGGGCAAGUUCAUUCAAGCAUAUCACUUUCAUUAUCCAACAUCACUGGUGAAAGUAGUGCAGCUGAUUAUCAAGAUUGUGGAUUGUCACCAGUAUUUCUAACAGCUGAAUCACCUUGGGAAUCAAAUUUGGAGACUAGUUGCCCACAAGCAAGGGAUAAAGCCAAGAUGAGAUAUAAUGAAAAAAAGAAAAGUCGAAUGUUUGGUAAGCAAAUAAGAUAUGCGUCACGCAAAGCCAGAGCUGAUACUCGAAAGCGUGUGAAAGGGAGAUUUGUGAAGGCAGGUGAAGCAUAUGAUUAUGAUCCUCUUGUUGAAGGAAACUUCUAAGCCAUAUAACCCAAUCUCCACACCCAGCCUAGCAAGACAGGGCCUGCUUUGAUGUGAGGUAGUCCUGCAACAAACAUAUAUAUGUUAAGCUUCCUGUCUGAGAAGAUGGAUAUCAAGCCGACUGCAAGUCUGUUCUUUUUGUGAUUUCAGACUGGGAUUGUCCAUAAUUGACUGAAUCAUCAUCUUUCCACAGGUUCUGGUAAUUGCGACUGAUAUUCAGCCAGGAGAUACAGUUGACAAAGAACCUCGUGUGAGAACAUCUGCAGGUUCAUGUCCUUUUGCCUGUCCUAAUGUACACCCUCCUCUUGCUUUGGCUGCCACAUCCAGCAACCUCGCCAUUUGGCAAAAACUUCAUUGUAAUUCUUUUUUUGUUUUCUUAUUUGCAUUCUUAUGUUUGAAUCAGUUUCUAUAUACUCGAUGUAAUACUUUUUUAACGAAAUUCCUGUCUUACAAAAUCUAAUAAAAUCAAA